AUGUUACGAUAUAUUGGCCCAACAGUACAAAGUGAAAACGAAUUGAAUACGCUGGUGGAACUCCAUCCAGAGAUUGAGGAAAUACAGAUCGGAAAGGGAGGAUAUGGUAUUAGAAACAGUAUAUCCAAUACAUGCUUGAGUAGUCUACUCCGACUGCCUGAGCUGACCCAACUGGAGCUCUGGUAUCCUGUUCUAUCAGGAGAUGGUGGUCUAAACAUGUUGAGUGCUCCUAACCUACCUCUGAAAUAUAUCGUCCUCAAGCACUGCAGGAUAACCGAUGAGUGUCUUAGUCUGCUCCUGGAGAAAUGUGUUCAUCUUGAGCACCUUGAUAUUCAAGGAACAAACGUUUCUGGAGAGAACUUAACUUUCUCUCAAGGAGUUCCACCAAUUAAAUAUCUGAACCUUUCAUGCUGUUUAAACCUCAGUGAUUGUGGGCUUAUAAACCUGGUGAAAAUGCUGGGGUCUACGCUAGAACUCUUGAAUAUAGGACAAACUAAACUAUCAUUACAAAACCUAGACCUCGUCAAGAAACCAUUGAAAAUAAAAAGGUUACAAUGUUGGCAUUGUAACAAUCUAAGAGAUGAAGGUUUGAAACAGAUAAUUAAAAAACUAGGAAGCUCACUGCAGCAGCUAGAUCUCAAACUGACUCUAAUAUCUGGAGAGUCGUUGAGAAGCCUAAAGGUUUCCAUGCCAUUGCUCCGUGACCUUAACUGCUUUGGAUCCAGCUUAUCUGACCCUGGUUUCCUCAACCUAAUACGGUUAAGCGGACCCACAUUGAAAUCUCUGAAUAUAGGAUACACUAUGGUAUCGGGAGAGUUACCUCUAGCCAAUACUCUACCCUUGCUAGAGGUUCUAGACUGUAAUGGAUGUUGUAGACUCUCUCCUGAAGGUCUUGCUGAACUAGUGAAUGCUUGUGGAGACAAUUUGAAAUCUGUAAAUGUUGAAUACUCCAAAUUAUUGAGGAGUAAGGAGCUUCAAUAUGCUGGCUAG